CGUGUUUACAUCUAGUGUUUCGUACUAUUCCUGGGAGCAAAAAAAAGUGAAUGAAUCAAUAUGGGGAAAUACAAAAGAAAGUCGGAAAGGCAAUCAUGGAGUGAAGUGAGUAUGGCAAAUGCUGUGCAAGAAGUACUAGAGGGUAGGAUGGGGUAUUUAAAAGCUUCUAUGGAGUUUGGCGUUCCUCGUUCCACAUUAGAGGGAAGAGUAAGUAAGGUCAGGAAAGGCCUUCUUUCACGAAAAAACGCAGCAAAAAAAGGUUUGGGGCGUUAUAAAGCAGUUUUCACGGAAAAACAAGAAGAAGAAAUGGUAGAACACAUAUUGGCAAUGGAGAAUCGUUUGUUUGGUUUUACUCUUAAGGAUUUACGUAAAAUGGCCUUUGACCUUGCUGUGCGUAAUAAGCUAACCCACCAGUUUAAUAUGGAAAAAAAGGCAGCAGGUAAAACGUGGCUUUACCAGUUUUUGAAAAGGCAUCCAAAACUUUCAUUAAGAACUCCAGAACCAACAUCCAUAGCCAGGGCAAUAGGUUUUAACAGAUCGGCCGUUCAAAAAUUCUUUGCUCUUCUAAGUGAAAUCUAUAAAAAUUACGAUAUAACCCCGGAUAACAUAUAUAAUGUAGAUGAAACCGGCAUAAUGACAGUGCCAAAAAAAAGGUCCAAAUGUCUGGCAUUAAGAGGCAAAAAGCAAGUUGGAUGCUUGUCUUCCGGCGAACGGGGAGUUCUUGUGACAGCUGAAACGUGUAUGUCUGCGGCGGGAGUUUUUAUGCCACCGAUGUUCGUUUUUCCUAGGGAAAGAGCCAAACCAGAGUUUUUGGAUAACGCACCCCCUGGAAGCACUGCUGCAUAUCAUUCAUCUGGGUGGAUGCAAACAGAGAUUUUUCUUAAUUGGUUUAAAAAGUUCAUUUCAUUUUCGAAUCCAAGCAAGGAAAACCUGUUCUUCUUCUGCUGGAUGGUCACGCAACCCAUACGAAAAGUCUAGCACUGAUAGAAGAGGCAAGAGAGAACAACGUCAUACUCUUAUGUUUCCCUCCCCACACAACCCAUCGAUUACAGCCCCUUGAUGUCAGUUUCAUGUCGCCAGUAAGCACGUAUUACACGGAAAAUGUUCAACGAUGGUUACAAACACAUCCAGGUAGAGCGGUAACUAUUGCCCAAGUAGGAGAGCUUUAUGGUGCUGCAUUCAUGAAGGCAGCAUGCGUCCAAACUGCAGUCAAUGGUUUUAAGAACACUGGUAUUUACCCACUCAACCCGCAAAUAUUCCCUGACUGGAUGUUUGAACCUUCUGAAACUACCAACAGGCCCAUGGAAGAAGCAACUCCACGUUCAGUAACUCCGCAACCAGCACUGCAACUUCCAGUUCCAGAGCACAGAACGCCAUUAAAGGCAUUAUCUCAAAAUCGGAUAAAUCCUUCGCCAACGGUACCAGAAAACGACCAAUCUCUAGAUGAUCUUUACCCCCCUUCUUGUAGUAAUGCUUCGGCUUUUACAGUCACUCCUAAGCAGGUAGUUAGCAUUCCGCAAGCGGCAGAACGAAAAACCAAUUUAAACGACCGAAGGCGGGGCAAAACGGUUAUUUUAACAUCUACUCCUUACAAAAAGGAACUUGAGGAUACACUUGCGGCGCGUUCGGGACAAUCUUCAAAGAAAAUGCCAAAACGGAACCUCGAAAAAAAAUCAAGCAAGCAAACUAAAACGGUUUCCUCUACUUCCACACACAAAACUUGUAAAAAGCAAGUAGCUCUUAAACCAGCUCCUAAAGUAGACGAAAGCGGCUCUUCCUCCUCUUCGGAGGGAGAAGAGGACGGCGAAACCACUUGCCUCUAUUGCAACGAGUUAUUUUCCAAUUCCAAAUCAGAGGAAGGGUGGAUCAAGUGCCAGAAGUGCAAUCUCUGGGCACAUGAGCAAUGCGCCGGCAUUGAGCCUAAUGAUGCCGAUGUGUACGAGUGUGACUUUUGUCAUUAGUUAACAGAGAUGUUUAGUUAUAAUAAUAACAAUAAUAAGGAUGUAUUACUUUUUUCAUAGUAUGUGGUAUAAUUAACUUGAUGAAUUUAGUAUCCUGUUUUGCCCAGUACUACUGUCCGGUUUUGGAAGACCAGUCGUACAAAAUCGGAUACUUGUUACAUUUUAAAAAAUUGCAUUUUUUUUCAAAAACAAAAUAUAGUGACGCUCAUUAUAUAUGUUUUGGUAAAAGUAUAACACUUAGUAGUU